CCUGCCUCCCUUUAUCAAACUCCACAGUCCUGCUACAGUCUACAGCUGUAUAACGGCCCUCUCUCCUCGUGUUCUCUCUUGACCAGCAGACAGUCAGCCAUCAUGUUUUACAACCAAAGCGUCAGCGGUGGUCCCCAGAUGAUCACCAGGCAGAGCCGCAGCUACACAUCAAGUGCUGCUCCUCACAAGGCUCACAGUGUGUCAGGGUACAGCUUCAGAGGAAACCCACGUAUCUCCUCUUCCAGCGUGCGCACCGUCUCCUCCGGGUAUGGAGGCGGCAUGGGUGGUGGCAUGGGUGGUGGCAUGGGUGGUGGCAUGGGAGGCAUGGGUGGCCAGCAGAGCUACGGAUCAUCCUCCGGAGGCUUCAACCUGUCCGAUGGCUUGGACCUCCACGUCGGGGCCAACGAGAAGGCCACCAUGCAGAACCUGAAUGACCGUCUGGCCUCCUACCUGGACAAGGUCCGCUCUCUGGAGGCGGCCAACUCCAAGCUGGAGGUGCAGAUCAAAGAGUACUACGAGCAGAAGGGGCCUUUAGCAGAGAGGGACUACAGCAAAUACUGGGCCAUCAUCAAUGACCUGAAGGACAAGAUUGCUAACGCCACCAUCGGCAAUGCCAACAUCCUGCUCCAGAUUGACAACUCCAAACUGGCUGCUGAUGACUUCAGAACCAAAUUCGAGCAUGAGCUGAUGAUGCGCCAGUCAGUUGAGGCUGACAUCGCAAACCUGCGGCGUCUGCUGGACCAGACCACCCUGACAAAGGCUGACCUGGAGAUGCAGAUCGAGGGCCUGCAGGAUGAGCUGGCCUACCUCAAGAAGAACCACGCAGAGGAGCUGGCAGCAAUGCGCUCUCAGCUCACUGGCACAGUCAACGUGGAGGUGGAUGCCGCACCCCAGGUAGACCUCAACAAAGUCAUGGACGAGAUCCGCGCCCAGUACGAAUCCAUCACUGACAAACAUCGUCGCGACCAGGAGUCCUGGUUUAAUGAGAAGUCGGCAACAAUUUCCAAGGAGGUGGCCAGCAGCACGGAGACAAUCCAGACGUCCAAGACAGAGCUCGGUGACCUGCGGCGCACACUGCAGGGCCUGGAGAUUGAGCUGCAGUCUCAGCUCAGCAUGAAAGGGGCUCUGGAAAACACGCUGGGAGAGACGGAGGCUCGGUACAGCGCCAUGCUUUCCGCCUUCCAGAACACAAUCAACAUGCUUGAGUCCGAACUAGGCAACGUGCGCUCCAGCAUCGAGCAGCAGGGCCAGGACUACAAGAUGCUGCUGGACAUCAAGACCAGGCUGGAGCAGGAGAUCGCGACGUACAGGAGCCUGCUGGAAACAGAGGAGUCCAGACCUCAAGGAGGCUCAAAGACAGUCACUACCACCACUGUGCGCAGUUCCAGCUAAGAGGUCCAACUGGCAGAACAAGCUGUACUCAGAAUCACACACACACACACACACACACACACACUAAUAAAAUCUGUUACACGAGAUGAGUGAAACUGUGCUGAAAACAGCUGAGAUAUGUUGAAAGUAAGCCCGUGUUAAAGUCUACAACAAUUGCAAUUUGGAAGAAACCCCUUUGUGUGUGUGUUUGUGUGUGUUUGUGACCUGUCUGAAAAAUAAAUCUGCUGGUGGAAACAAA